CCCUCCUCCCUUGUUUCACGCUUCGUGUCUCACCCCCGUCAACCCCCUCCGACUGGAACAUGAGCAGAUAGGAUCUCACUCACGUUUCCUGCAGGUGGAGGUGGAUGGAGCUGGCCUGACGGUGGUUUGGGGUGGAGCACAGCGGAGUGGAGGGCCCGUGGGGGUGGGGGUCGGGGGGUGACACUAUGCUGCGCCGCACUAACCCCGUCCUGUGGGGGGUGCUGCUCUUCAUAGCCUGGAACCUGGUGCUGCUCUUCUUCCUGCUGGGCCGCCCCCCGUCGGGCGGCGGGGGCGGGGAGGGGGUGCUGGACGCCGAGCAGCUGUCCCGCGACGUGGUCAAGGUGGCUGAGGAGGUGGAGCAGGAGCUGGAGGUGCAGAAGCGGCUGCUGCAGCAGAUCCAGGAGCAGCAGAGACUGUGGGGGCGUGGGAGGGUGCAGGGGAAGGGGCAGCUCGCACCCCACCCUCCCCCCACCCUCCCCCCUCCCCGGGACACGGUGCUGCCGGUGCUGGUGAUCGGCUGCGACCGGCCCACAAUUAGGCGGUGCCUGGACAAGCUCCUGCAGCACCGGCCCUCCAAGGAGCUGUACCCCAUCGUGGUGAGCCAGGACUGCGGGCACGAGGAGACGGCCAGGGUGAUCGCCUCGUACGGAGACCGGGUGCUGCACCUGCGGCAGCCCGACCUGAGCGAGCCCCGGGUGCCGCCCGAGCACCGCAAGUUCCAGGGCUACUACCGCAUCUCCCGGCACUACCGCUGGGCCCUCAACCAGGUGUUCCGCUCGCUGCGUUACACCGCCGCCGUGGUGGUGGAGGACGACCUGGAGGUGGCGCCAGACUUCUUCGAGUACUUCCGCGGCCUGCUGCCCGUGCUGCGCGCCGACCCCACCCUCUGGUGCGCCUCGGCCUGGAACGACAACGGCAAGGAGGCCAUGGUGGACACUCAGCGCCCGCAGGCUCUCUACCGCACAGACUUCUUCCCGGGGCUCGGCUGGAUGCUGCUCAGGAACACGUGGGAGGAGCUGGAGCCUGGGUGGCCGGGAGCGUUCUGGGAUGACUGGAUGCGGAGCCCGUCCCAGCGUCGAGACCGCUCGUGCGUGCGUCCUGAGGUGUCACGCACCAUCACCUUCGGCCGCAAGGGGGUGAGCAACGGCCAGUUCUUCGACCAGCACCUCAAGUUCAUCAAACUCAACGAGCGCUUUGUGCCUUUCAGCAGCCUGGAGCUGGGCUACCUGAGCAAGGAGCGGUACGACGUGGCCUGGGAGGCCCGUGUGUACGGGACGCCCGCCCUGCGGGUGGAUGAGCUGCAGCACAAUGACAGGAUGGAGCUGGGGGAGGUGCGGGUGCAGUACUCCUCCAGGGACACCUUCAAAGCCUUCGCCAAGGCCCUGGGAGUCAUGGACGACCUCAAGUCCGGCGUUCCCCGAUCCGGCUACAGGGGCGUGGUCACCUUCAUGUACCGUGGUCGUAGGGUCUACCUGGCACCCCCCAGAGACUGGAGUGGGUACGACCCCAGCUGGAGUUAGCCCCCCCUCCCCUCCCUGCAUCCCACUCCCCUCCCCCAGAGACUGGAGCGGGUACGACCCCAGCUGGAGUUAGCCCCCCCUCCCCCUCCCUGCAUCCCACUCCCCAUCCCCCUCCCACACCCCUCUCCCCUCCCCCAGAGACUGGAGCGGGUACGACCCCACCUGGAGUUAGCCCCCCCCCUGGUCUUGUACACCCACACCUCCC